CCUCAAUAUCCCCCUUAGAACCUCCCCCUCUAUUUUUUUUCUGUAUGUAUAGAAAUUAGCGUAUAUACCGUCCUUUUAAUUCAAUUUUAAUUUGAUAUACAAAGUAAUAUAGAUGAGAAAAAAAAAGAAAUUUAUCGUAAAUACAUCAAGAACUUAUCUUAAGAUCUUAAAUAUCAUAUAUAAAGUUAAAAUUAAAAAAAAAAAGAAUUAUAAAACAAAUUAGAAAAAGUACAAGAAAAAUUGAUACUUCGAGUAUUAUCUUUUAAUGAGAAUAAAAAUGUUUGUUCUAAAUUUUCUAUUUCUUCUGUCUCAUAUUAAUUGAUUACUUUUAUUUUUUAUAUUUUAUGAAAUUAUAAAUAUAAAAAUAAUUUUACUAUUCUAUAUUUAAAAUACAUUUUGGUUAUUUUAUAAAUAUGUUUUUAUACAUUCAAAAUAUAUUAAUCAUAGAAGUAAAAUAAUCUUUUUUUUUUUAUAAUUUAAUAAAUGAACAAGUAACUUUGAACAUAUAUUUUUGAGUAGGAUUCAUCCAUUAAUAUAGAACGAGGGAGCAUAGAUUAUACUUCUUGGAAAAAUUUUAUAAAAAUAUUUUCAUUUUCUAUUUCCAUUUCCAUUCCAAACCCUUGAGUAUUUCUAGAAUUUUCUUGGACAGAUUUUUACUUGUCUGUACAACUUAUGUGAUGACACAUGUUGUUAACUUGUUUUCCCAUGAAACCUCCCCUUUUCCCCUUGAAAUACUCGUGAUACAGUAGUAUAAACCUAAGUCUUAUCUCUUCAAUUCUUUUUCCUUCUCACCUCUUUGUACUUUUGUUUGAAAUAGCAAGAAAAAGGAUACCCUUUUCUGGGCUUUUUCUUCUGUGUCUUGUUGUGUAUAUAUAUAGAGGUAAAGGCAAGAACUUUGAGUAGCAAGAAUGAUAGAGGUAGAAGACUUGAGUUUUGAGAAGCUGAUGGUGGAAAAUAACAGUGGUGGGGUAUGUCAAAUGGGUGGUGGUGGGGUGAUAAGAGAGUGGAAAGAUAUACCGAUGGAGUUGUUGUUGAGGAUUGCUUCACUUGUGGAUGAUCGGACGGUGAUUGUUGCUUCUGGUGUCUGUAGUGGCUGGAGAGAUGCAAUUUCUUGGGGACUCACUCAUCUUUCCCUUUCUUGGUGCAAGAGGAAUAUGAACAAUUUAGUGCUGUCACUUGCGCCCAAGUUCAUGAAGCUACAGGUUCUAACUCUUAGACAAGAUUUACCACAACUCGAGGAUAAUGGUGUCGAGACAAUUGCCAAUCACUGUCAUGAAUUGCAAGACCUUGAUCUUAGCAAGAGCUUUAAGCUUACUGAUCGUUCCCUUUAUGCUUUAGCUCACGGCUGUCCAAACCUCACGAAGCUGAAUAUCAGUGGGUGCUCUGCUUUCAGUGAUGGUGCAGUUGCGAAUCUCGCUGAGCGUUGCCGAAACCUGAGAGUCUUAAACCUUUGUGGUUGUGUUAGAGCUGCAACUGAUAAGGCAUUGAAGGCUAUUGGUUAUUACUGUAACCGAAUGCAGACUGUAAAUCUAGGUUGGUGUGAUAAAGUUGGUGAUGAAGGUGUAAUGAGUUUGGCUUAUGGGUGUCCUGAUCUCAGAGCCCUUGAUCUCUGUGGCUGUGUCCUUAUAACAGACGAGAGUGUGAUUGCCUUGGCAAACAAUUGCCCUCACCUGAGAUCCCUCGGUCUAUACUUCUGCCAGCACAUCACAGACAGGGCAAUGUACUCUCUGGCUCAGAGUCGUGUCAAGAACAAGCAUGAGAUGUGGGCGUCUAUGAAGAAGCACAGGUAUGAGGACGAAGGGCUUAUGAAUCUAAAUAUCAGCCAGUGCACUGCUCUCACACCUCCCGCUGUUCAGGCAGUGUGCGAAGCAUUUCCUGCUCUGCACACAUGCCCUGAACGACAUUCCCUCAUCAUUAGCGGCUGCUUGAACUUAACAUCAGUGCACUGUGCAUGCUCUGUCCAAGCACACCGUGCACGCGUUCUCCAUCCAGCUCACUGAGUGUUCUAUGGAGAACUUUUCCAAGUUUCGAGGCCUUCAUUGAGGGAGAGAAGAAAAAGAGGGCGAAAAUGUCAAAGACGUCCUUGUGUACGUAUUCCUUUGUGUAAAAAUUAUGCUGGACAAUCUUGGCUUGUAUAAGCCUGUCAGUUCUGUUUGUUUUAGUCUUAUGGACUAACGACUUGUUAGUUUAUGCUACUCUUUGACUUCUUUCAUGUGUUAAAUGUUUUGUUGAAAGUCAUUUAUUUCCAGUUUCA